AUGACAACGCUGUCACCAAAUGCAUGUGCAUUCGUACUGCUGAUAUUGAUCGCCUAUCGACUUGUGACGUCAUUAAAUCCAUGCAUGAUUGAUCGCAGUGCAUGCCUACCCAUCGAGGAUUUUGAAGUGAACUGUACAUGUAUUCUAACUUCGAAAGAAGCGAUCAAUGACACUGAUGAUGUGUAUAUGUACUUCAUGGGUCAUCAAUUCCCUCUGUAUCUAUUCAAGCAGAUGAGAAUACUCAAAGAAUUAUCUGACGAAAGGCCAGCGUCGCAACUGGCGUAA